UGUUUUCGCAGCGCUUGUCUCCAUUUUGUGAGAGCUGGUAAGAACGAGCCGACCGGGCGUCCCAGCGAGCAGAACCCAGUAAAACAACCAGAACAGGAGAGAAAAGAGACAGUCAGCAGCCGAACCGCCCCAGAACCAAGUUAUUAUCCGAAAGGAAAGCAAAUCUUAUCGUAUGUCCGCUAUCCAGAACCUCCAAACUUUUGACCCCUUUGCUGAUGCAACUAAGGGUGAUGACCGCCUCCCAGCCGGGACUGAGGACUACAUCCACAUAAGAAUCCAGCAGAGGAACGGCAGGAAGACCCUCACCACUGUCCAGGGCAUCUCGGCCGACUAUGACAAGAAGAAGCUAGUCAAGGCCUUCAAGAAGAAGUUCGCCUGCAAUGGGACAGUGAUAGAGCAUCCGGAGUAUGGUGAAGUGAUCCAACUUCAGGGAGAUCAGCGCAAGAAUAUCUGCCAGUUCCUGAUUGAGAUUGAUCUGGCCAAGGAGGAGCAGCUCAAAGUCCACGGCUUCUAGACGCGGCCGGCGGCCCCCCUCUCUCCUGGACGGCCAUCGCGACCCCUGCAACCCUGACCCUCUCCUCUAUGUGCUGCUGUUGCCCUUCCUCCAUCUCCUCUGCGACCCCACCAACUCCUCUUAGCCAGCGUGCGAAUUACCUCUGAAGAACAUGGGACUCUGUACCUCCACUACUGCCCUGCGACACCAGGGGGCAGCCUUGCUCUCACAAAGACACACCGCUGCAGCUCCACACAUCAGGGAUGAGUGGUGAUGACCCUCCCUCACACACUUCCUCCUUCCAUGUCCCUCUGGUUUUUCUUUUAGGUGCCACAAGGAGGCGCUGCUUCAUGUAACAUUUUUGUUUUGUACUUUAAGGUGUUUCAAUAAACGAUGAGUCUCCA